AUGAACCAACCGCUUUCCAAAGAUCUGAUAAAGGCAAGCGAGCAAGCAGUAGUCGGCAGCACCAAUAACACUAACAACAACAGUUGUCUCUUUGAGGCAUUUAGACAGUUACAGUUCACACAUGCUUUUUAUGCUCCAAAGCAUAUGCGCUACAGAAACUACUCCAUCAUUCCAAAAAAAAAAACAUGGAAGAAAUUUUUUAGAUCGAUCUGUUGGCAUCAGACGCCACAAAAGCCCGAUUAUUUAUUUGUAAAAGCUGAUUGCAAACAUCCAGAUAUCAAAAAAAAACAUUUUGGCUGUCCGUCUUGUCCUGCUCAUUUAAAUCUUUUGAAUGCUUUAAAAGACCAUUUUAUUAAUGACUACCCCGGGUCUAUGCUACACGCAUUCCAGCAAGAAAGCAAUGUGAUUCCACCACGUUCAUCAAACAAACGAAGUGCUGAAGACACUGUAGACAUUGAAGAAGCUGAUUUUAAAUUAAUGAACCCUUCAGGUCUAUCGACUGUACCUCCUUGCUAUGAUGACCGGCUCAUUAUUGACGGCUUCGAUGUUAUGGAUUAA